GAUAAUAUAUCAAUGCCGCAACCCCUCAACUAUCCUUUUCUCUUGUCUUCCAGUCUCCAUUUGAGAAAGAUCAUCAAAUGGGGAAGCAAAGCCAGCUCAAAGAUGAGACCUUGUUGCAGCAUCCGGUGUUUCUUCUCUUUGUUUUGGUUCUGGGUUUGGUUGUAAUGGACCAUUUUCAAAUGGGGCCGGUCGGAGGCGUUGGAUUCCGGCCGGUGAAGCAUGACAUUGCGCCGUACAAGCAGGUUAUGGAGAGCUGGCCGAGGGACAACCGGAGCAGGCUGGUGGAAGGGAAGCUUGAGUUCGUCGACCAAGUUUUUGGCCCCGAAUCGCUAGAGUUUGACAGCUUAGGGCGUGGACCAUACGCUGGAUUAGCCGACGGACGAGUGGUCAGAUGGAUGGGGGAAGAUGUUGGGUGGGAGACGUUUGCAAUUGUAACAUCAAAUUGGUCAGAGAAGCUAUGCGCUAGAGGGGUCGACUCAACAACAUCAAAGCAAUGGAAGCAUGAGAAAUGGUGUGGCCGUCCUCUUGGCCUGAGGUUCAACAAAUACACAGGAGAUCUGUACAUUGCUGAUGCAUAUUAUGGCCUGUUAAUGGUUGGCCCUGAAGGAGGACUUGCGAUGCCCUUGGCCACCCAUGUAGAAGGGAAGCCUAUACUCUUUGCCAACGACCUUGACAUCCAUAAGAACGGUUCUAUCUUCUUCACAGACACCAGCAAAAGACACAACAGAGUGAACCAUUUCUUCAUAAUGUUGGAAGGAGAAGCCACUGGUAGGCUUCUCAGAUAUGAUCCUCCUACCAAAACAACUCACAUUGUAUUGGAUGGCUUGGCUUUUCCAAAUGGAGUGCAAUUAUCCAAGGACCAAACUUUCCUUCUCUUCACUGAGACUACCAACUGCAGGCUAAAGAAAUACUGGCUAGAGGGUCCAAGAGUAGGAACUGCAGAGCUAGUUGCUGAUCUUCCAGGUUUUCCAGACAAUGUAAGGAUAAACGAAAAAGGGCAGUUUUGGGUAGCAAUAGAUUGCUGCCGGACGGCAGCACAAGAAGUGCUCUCACACAAUCCAUGGAUAAGGAGCGUGUACUUUCGGCUGCCCAUUCCGAUGAGCUACUUGGGCAGGAUGAUGGGGAUGAGGAUGUACACAGUCAUCUCCCUCUUCAGUGAGAAAGGAGAAAUCUUGGAAGUUCUUGAGGAUCCAGAAGGGGUGGUGAUGAAGCUGGUUAGUGAAGUUAGAGAGGCAAAAGGGAAGCUAUGGAUUGGAACAGUAGCUCAUAACCACAUUGCUACUCUCCCUUACCCUUGAAAUGAAGUCCCAAUUUUCAAUCCAGAGCUAGGAUCUUAAAUCUUAUAGAUGAAUUAUAUCUGCUCACUUGUGAUUUAAUCUCUUGUGCUUUUGAUUGCCUUGAUUUAGUGCAUCAUUGUAACACUUUCUUUGCUAUGGUAAUCAAAUGACUCUGUAACC